AUGGGGAUCGGAGCGGACAAAGUGUUCAUUAUACCGGAUGCACUUCGAUCUGGAUGCCUAUAUUUGGCAACAAACAUGACUGAGGGAAAUUCCGAGGUUCGGAUGCGUGCUGAAGAGGGUUCUGAAGACGCCAAAUUUCGAAAGCCAGAUGUCAAUCCAGGGGAUCAAGCAGCAGCGGACAAUCAGCUGAUGAUGCUUCGAUGGUUGUUACGCUUGUUAGAUGUGAUAAACAAUGAGGGUAACCAUGGAUUUGUCGGACGUCCCCCUACGGAACAAGAGAUCAACGAUGGAAGAGAAAGAGACGAUCUGGUGAAGGAAUUGCGAAUUGUCGAUUUCAGGGUCGAGGUCAAGGAUUCACGUACUUCACGCUCAGGAGAUCCGAACGCCAAUCAAAGGAAAACGUUGAGAGGCAAAUUGGACCAAUAUUUCACCAAAUGGGAUUCGGAGAAGAAUAUUGGCGUAGCCAGAGACCAGGUGAUGAACGACGACGCCAUCAAAUCAAACCAGAAUGCCCUCGUGAACGAGCAAGCCCUUGAUAAAUACAUCAAAGAGAUCAGGGAAAGGCUUGACGACCUUGAAAAAAACCCUCGGAAGAGGCCAGCAGAUGAAGGAGAGGAAGCCGAACGUUCCGUUCGCAUU